AUGGUGGUGGUGCGCAGGCCUUGGCCCGUCAUGGCUGCAAUGCUGCUGGUCCUGCUCGCCUGCCUGGGAGCGCUGCUGGAUGCCUACCCUGCCAAACCUGAGGCUCCCGGGGAAGACGCCUCCCCCGAGGAGCUAAGCCGCUAUUACGCCUCUCUGCGCCACUAUCUCAACCUGGUCACCCGGCAGCGGUAUGGGAAAAGAGACGCCCAGGAAGCUCUGUUCUCCAAACUGCUCUUCACUGACGACAGCGACAGCGAGAAUCUCCCUGUCAGGUCUCGGUAG